UACUCUUUUGAUACUCCCUCCCCCCUUUUUCUUUCUUUCUUUCCUCUUCUUUUAUUACGCGUGACCAUUCAUGACUUUUGAUUCUGUCAGAGUGGUACUUAGGGCCAGGCCCUUACGAGAGAAUGAAGAGAUGAGCAAUAUUGUAUUUAAGGAACAGCAGGUCAUCUUGAACCAAAGAACGUUUACUUUUGAUGCAGUAUAUCCUCCCUCUUCUGUUCAAAAAGACGUUUAUGACUAUAGCAUAAAACCCUUGUUUGAUUGUUUCAUGAAAGGUGAAAAUGGAGUCAUUUUUGCUUAUGGACAAACAGGCGCUGGAAAAACCUAUAGUUUAGGUACUAGUUCUAAAUCGGAACUGGACCCUUCUGAAGAAGGCAUUUUGCCUCGAUUUACACGAUCACUUUUCCAGCAAAUCACGGAUGAUUGUGAAGUCUAUGUGUCUUUUGUCUCAUUGAAUGAUGAAAUUCAUGAUCUGUUGGUCUAUCCCGAACUAGUUACGAUACUAGACAUUCAAGAUGCUCGACAAAAAAGAGUCUAUUCUACUCAUGAUUUAUUACGUUUAUUGAGCAAAAGAAAGCUACCCAAGAAAUGCCAUCGUCUGUUUACAGUCACAUUAAAGCAAUCAGAGACUGUGUCCAAGUUUUGUUUUGUAGAUCUCGCUGAGAAAAACAGCACAAGGAUCUAGAUUUAUUUAAUCAAAGCCCAUGGAAUCAGUUGUUCAAGAGUCAAAACAAACUCUUGCUGGCAUGCAUUAGUCCUGUAGACACAGCGCUCCAGACACUUGAAUUUGUGGACGG